AUGGUUGAAAACGACUGCCUUAAUUAUAGACAGUUUAACGAACCAACAUCAUGUGUGGCUCCUUAUGGCAACUUGGUCGAGACUUCUCAAGAUGGAAUUGAAGAUGCUUCUAUGAUGGGAAACCGCUUGAAGCUAAAACCGGAAGCAAAUUUCCACCUUACAUUGUCAUACAUUGAGAAAGUUUUAUUGAGUUGUGGACCGAGUUUGAAGCAAAUACCCAAUAUGCCAUUACCUGAUCACAAAUAUAUUCAAGAUGCUUGUGGUGUCUUUUUCCUGUAUGGUUAUGGAGGAAUAGGAAAAACAUUUGUUUUGAGGACAUUGUCUGCUGCUAUUAGAUCUAAAGGUGAAAUUGUUAUCAACGUUGCUUCAAGCAAAAUUGCAACUCUCUUGCUCUCUAGUGGUAGGACAGUGCAUUCAAGUUUUCAUAUACCAAUUAACUUGAAUGAGGAUUCGUUUUGUUCUAUUACUCCAUGUAACGAUGUAGAUGAAGUGUUGAAUAAAUCGAGACUGAUCAUAUGGGAUGAAGCACCAAUGAUGCACCAUCAUUGUUUUGAAGCAGUUGAUAGGACACUUAGAGAAGUUAUCCUUUCAUCGGACAAGAAUAAAUCGUUUAGAGGCAAGACCAUUGUACUUGGAGGUGACUUUCGACAGAUUCUUCCAGUAAUACAAAGAGGAAAUCGCUCAGAUAUUGUCCAACCAUCAUUUCAUUCAUCAAGAUUAUGGCGUGAAUCUACAGUUUUACGUUUGAAUGUAAACAUGAGGCUUCAGAUUCUUAAAAUUGGUGAAGGUGGUAUCGGUGGCCCUAAUGAUGGUAAAGUUGAAGUUGAAUUUCCAGAAGAUUUUGUCGUUCCCUCUACGUGUGACCAUAUUCAUUCAAUUGUAUCCACCAUUUAUUCAUCCUUUCAGAACCUUCUUGAUGAUCCAUCGCAUUUUCAAAAUAAAGCUAUUUUGGUCCUUACAAAUGAAGCAGUCGAUGCUAUCAACGACUACAUGUUAGAAUUGAUGAAAGAUGAAGGGAAAACGUAUCUGAAUUUAGAUUCAUUAUGUGAGAUUGAGGCACACGAUUCUUUUGAGGAAUCAACAUACUCUCCAGAUGUGUUGAAUGGUUUUAAGGCUUCCGGAAUUCCCAACCAUAAACUUAUACUAAAAAAAGGUGUUUCUGUCAUGUUACUUCAUAAUAUCGACCAAACCAAAGGACUAUGCAACGAUACUAGAUUACAUAUCGUAAGGCUUGGAAGACACGUCAUUGAAGCCUAA